UUAUAAUAUAACUAUAAUAUUACAAAUAUAUUGUAUAUAUUUGUAAUAUUAUAAUUUGUAUAUAAUAAAUAUAUUCCCUUAAAUCUAUGUAAAGACAAAAACAGUUAACAUAUAAUCCCCUUUAUGAUUCGAAUAAUUGUGUAAUGCCCGAAAAGACUUGUUCGGAUAAAUACAUAGAAUAGCUUAUUCGAAUAAAUGGAUGGAAUAUAUAUUUUUUGAAUAAGUGGAUGGAAUAAUUUGUUGGAAUAAUGAAUAAUCGUUAUCCGAAUAAAAUAUUCUAGAGACAAGACUUCAUUCGGAAAAUUAUAUUAGUGAAAUAUUUAUUUGAAACAAUUCGAAUAAUUUCGAACCAUAAAUCACGGGCCACGAAGUGCGCAGAAUGGGAGUAUUGAUGGCAUUUAGCCCGUGCGUGAAAGUAUGGCGCGAGGUUCAAAACCUUUUUGUCCAAGCCCUGGUAUAUACAUAUUUAGGCCUUUUUGACCUCGGGCCCCUCGCGGGCUUGGCUUGUCUGUUUACAACCUCCUGUGUUUCACAGGCUCCUCUAUUUAAUAAUAACGGCCCUUUUCAAGAACUCAAAUUCGUGCAAGAAGGAAAGUUCGUUGUUAUUCAUUCCAGAAGUGAGAAUAUCAAUCUUCGAAUAAAAUACAAUUUUCUAUGUAACACAGACUAAUAAACCAAAUAAAUGGCUGUAAUACAGCUAUUUCCUCAUAUUCCUAGUUUUGUUGUAGAUUGCGAAUCGAAAUUUCUAGUAGACAUUUUGGAAUUGUUUCAUAUAAUUUUUCAAUCUUUUUUGCCAGUAAAUUGUUCUAAUCUGCAAUAAUUCUUAACUCUAAUUCUCUAAAUCUCUGAGUUUGAGAAUUUUUUGUAGGCAAUUACUAAAUUAAAUACGUAGUCUUUCUAAGAGAAUAUGAAUGCAAGUUUCAGCUUUGUUUUUCAAAUUAUGAAAAUUAAAAAUCAUAUAGAAUUGCGAAAUUAUUCAUUGCUUUCGAAAAUCUUUCUCGUAAAGCAUCGAAUGCUGCCUGUCACAGUUGACAAUUACUGGGAUGGUUGAAUUAACAAAAUUUUGUAGAUUCAUAAACUAGAAAGUAUUAUCUAAAAUGAAGCUGACGGGUUUUGGAAAAUUGUAAUUAUUGUAAAAGUGGUCACUGUUUCAAGAUGUUCGCAAAUAUGCUGGACUGUGUGUUCGAGAAUCCUAUGGGGCGAAAAGUACAAGUCGAACCGAGUGUUUCAGAUAGAGCACCUUGUAAAUGGAUACACGAUAGAGUGAGUUUGCAAGCAUGGUAAAGUGUGACAAGCGACAUUGGUGUCGUCGGUGUGACUUGUUUCGCUUGUGUUGUGUUGAUGUCAUGUUCUCUUGCUUACUCGCCAUUUCUUCUCUUUGUCUAAAACUGCGAGGACAGCACUAUUUAGCUGUGAAGCGUCAACCAAUCAGAGAAGAAGAGCAAUUCCUCUAUGUACCUGCUUCGUAAUUCUAAGCCGGUUGCUCCCGCACUCCCGCGUGGGCUUAGUAUGUAGAAGUACCUGCUGUAUGAUGAGCCGUCUUGAUUAAACAUGGAGGAGGCUGGUAACGAGAAGUUCCUAUCGAGAAGGCGUUCUGCUGCACUUAAAGCUUUCAAAGUUAAAGAUGAACGAGUGGCAACGUUUAAGAAAGUUGCAGCAAUUUUACAAAAAUGUGAAACAGACAGAACUGCAGAAGAAAACGGGAUACUUCUUUCCUGCUGUGACGUAGUAAAAGAGGUUAAUUUAAGACAAGCGAAAAGGCAUAGGGUAAAGGCAAGAUUAGAGGAAGUAGAAGAUGCACCAGAAAUCUUGGAGGAGAAGUGCAUGCGGUUGGCUGCAGCAAUCAGCAGAGCAUCAUCGUUGGCUGUCUAUACUGGUGCUGGUAUUAGUACAGCUGCUUCUAUUCCUGAUUAUAGAGGUACCAAUGGUGUUUGGACUCGUUUACAGCAAGGAAAAGACAUUGGAAACCAUGACUUAAGUCUAGCAGAGCCAACAUUAACGCAUAUGGCUCUCUAUGCCUUGUAUAAGGCACGUGUUUUAAAACACGUAGUGUCUCAAAAUUGUGACGGACUUCAUUUGCGCAGUGGGGUACCUCGUACGCUUUUGUCUGAAGUUCAUGGGAAUAUGUACGUGGAAGUAUGUAGAACAUGUAAACCAUAUAGAGAAUAUUGGAGACUGUUUGAUGUUACAGAAAAGACUGCUCGGUAUUCACACGGUACUGGUAGAUUCUGUGAUAGAUGUAACACUGUUUUGCAAGACUCGAUCGUUCAUUUCGGUGAAAGGGGCAAUCUCCCGUGGCCGAUUAAUUGGAACGGUGCGACAAGAGCAGCGAAACAAGCGGACGUUAUAUUAUGUUUAGGUUCCAGUUUAAAAGUUCUAAAAAAGUAUCCGUGGUUGUGGCAGAUGGACAGGCCGAUUCAUAAACGUCCUUCUCUGUAUAUUGUAAACUUGCAGUGGACUCCGAAAGACGAGAAUGCAGUUUUAAAAAUAAAUGGAAAAUGCGACGAUGUGAUGAGAAGAAUCAUGGCUCAUCUUGGAUUAGAGAUACCGCAAUAUAAUCGUGCUAAGGAUCCAAUAUUUUUUCAUGCUGUGCGACUCAAGAGUAAUGAACAAUGUACAACAAGUCAGCCCUGUUUGGAAGAACCGUCUAAUGUUACUCAUAAAGAGCUGACUGAAAUUACGAACGACAACUUUCAAAAAGAUAUGGAACCCGAAACCAAAGAGGAAAAGGAUUGCAUCUCUCCUAAAAAACUAACUGAAUCUAUGUCUUCUUAUUCUGCACCUUUUUUUACUGCAUUACCAUUUUUAUCCAUGGGUUUACCAUUUCCACCAAUGUACAUGUGCCCUCAAUUAACACCACUGUUUUAUUAUCCGUUUAUACAAAUACCGGAUAUGGCCAUAAACAUGCCAAAACCGAAGCCAGCCUGUACUUUUUGUAUGGAAAACGAGGGUUCUCUCACAUGUCUUUAUUAUCAACGAGAUACAGAUAAUCUUUUAAUAGAAUCUGAUAGUAAACAGAUAAAAGAUUCGGAAACAUUGGUGAUCGAGACCGACUCUCCGAUUGCACCACCUAAAAAUCCAGGAUGGUUCGGCAAAGGAUAUCGCAAAGGCAUGAAGAAGAAGCGGUAGCAUUUACUCUCGUUAAUAUGGUAUCUGACUUUUCCUGCUCUGUUAUUAUGCGAAUGUACGACGUAUAUAAUAACCCACUUAAAUGUUUGACGCCUUCAUAUCAUGACAAAAUCUGCGAACAUGAUUUACAAAUGUGUAGCGGUUUAACUUCCAGUAUCGAACAUUUUAAUAAUCAAACUAAAAAUGUGACAAUAGUUUUUAAGAUUUAAACUAUAGACAAGUUUAUCUUUUAUUAAUGAAACUUCCAUAAGUAAAAUUUUAUAAGUUAAUUUAAUGAUUACUCACACGUCCAAUAAGUCUGAUUUCGAAAUUGUUCAUUUGUAAAUUUAACCAUAAUUGAUUUCAUGUGAAAUAUGGUUUGAUUCACAGUCAUUACUACUGUAUAAGUCGAUUAUGUUGUGAUUUUUAAUUAUAAGAUUUCAUUUAAGCAGAUGAGUGUUAUGCAGAUCAUGAUAAAUUCCUAGUGACCAAAGUGAUAAUUUUUGAUUACAUUUUGUGUUCUUUUUUUAUUGUUAAUUUUGUAUUUGUAUAGUUGAAUGUAUUAUAAUUUCCCUUUUUGUUUGAAAAUUGGAUUUAUAACUGUUGCUUGUGUGAAAUUUUUGCAUUUUUCAUUAUGUUCAUUUAUCAUUCCACUUCUGUAAAUAUAACAUAAGCAAACGUAUAACAUGGGUAUUGAGGCAAUUAUUAUACUGUUUAUAACAGAUCUCAAAUCAAGAUUACAUUAGUCAUUAUUUUGUGCUGGUCAAUGAAUAGACCAAACAACGAGUUUCACACAAAAAUACAUUUCUGGUUUCACAUUGUCUGCAGUGUGGGAAUGUUAAAAAGAGUCUUAUCGAGAUACAUUUAUCUCGUUAAAGUCCUGUCUUUUAAAGUUUAUUAGACGUAUCAGUUGAUCUGCUCAUAUUACGAGUUAGCUUAUUAAAAUCAAAGGAAGUAUAACUUACCGCUUUUAAUUAAUUUAAGACUGUUUUUGAGACGUACUAUUUAACUAACAAGAACAUUUCCCAUCACUAUUUAUUUUAGUUGAUGUAAAGAAAUGUUUACGCAAAACAUAUAAAUUUGAUUACAUUCCUUAUGAAAACUAUCGAAAUUUUCAUUAUAAACUGUUAAAUUUAAAAAGUAUUAACACAUCAGGUAUUAUAAUAGUAUUCAUAAAUAGUUACUCUUAUUUAUAUGUUUAUUUAUAUGAACCAAUAAAUUUGUACUGAAUGAGAUAUUGCAAUAUGAUAAUUAUUAUUUUCUAUUUUUCAGUAAUUAUUCUAAGUGUGUAGUUUUUAAUUUCAACGUCUGUGCAAUUGAUAUUUUUAUUGUUAUUUUAGUAAGCAUAACAUCGGAAAAAUUAUUUGCUAGCACUUAAUCAAAAUGUAUGUACUUGUUACAGUCUUUUAAUAUGUUUAAUUGUUAUUAGGAAAUCUUUACUAAAUACAUAGGCACAAACAAUUACAUACAAUAUGAUUAACAUUUACAAAGGUUCUUUCACUACAACAAUUUACAAAACACAAAUAUUUAUAUCUACAAUUCGAAUUAAAAAUCCCGCGUGCGAUCCGAUUUGAAAAAUUGGCGGGACUUAUAAACAAGCGAAUUCGAAAGAUGAAAAACAUUAAGAAAUAUAUUAUUACAACCACAAUUUUGUAUUCACAAAAAUGAGAAAUCUAUA